AUGUUGGAACCCAACGCUGGUGAACUCUCACAAAGUCAAAAUGACUGUUGUAUUCGUAAAUUCGAUCCAUCAUCAUAUGAAUGGGAUGAAUGGAAAAUUUUAUUCGAUACGUAUCUUUCUAUGGAAGGUGUUACUGAUGAUGUUAAGAAACUGUAUUUACUUAUCCUUGCUCUUGGUGUUCAACCAUUCCCAGGACGAUCAUUACGAUCUCAGAAACAUACAGAAUAUACGUAUGACGAAAUCAUAUUAAAAUUACGUACGAAUUACACACGUGUUACAUUUGCAUCAACUGAGCGAGUUAAGUUCUUCUCUAUGAAACAGUCGUCUUCUCAAUCACUUAUGGAUUUCGCUAAUCAACUUCGAGGUAAUUCAACAACAUGUCAAUUUCCAGGUGAUUUUUAUGAAGACGCUUUGAUUAUAACUUUUGUUGGAGGAUUACUGAAUUCCACAGUUCGAAAUCAUCUCAUGCAACAGGAACUGAAAACAUUUAAAGAAACUCUUGAUAUUGCGACCACAAUUAAUUCUAUAUUGGUUCAAAGAACUAAAUAA